AUGUCUAAUCUAAUGCAUCCAAUAAACGUGCAACAUUUACAAUCCUGCAAAACGGAGCUUGGUAAACACGCUGAAUUUUUUCAAUAUGGGCAAGCUGUUAAUGAAGUAUUUGGUGCCGAUAACCAUAGCACUAUUAGAGAUUGGUUGAUGAAUUUGCAAGAAGAAAAUCCUCAUCGAGAGGAAAUUGCUCUCAAACGAAAACGGAGAAGACACAUGAUGUAUUCUCUACAAAAUAAACAGAAAAAAUCGAUUAAUUCAGAACUCGAAUCAAAACCUGUUAUUGAGAUAACAACAACAUUUGCUUCAAGAUCUGAUGAUGAGACGUUGUUACAAAAUCAGAAAGAGGAAAAUAACCAGCAACUCGAGCAAUAUAUUGAUUGUAUUAAUUCAAUGAUUGUGAAGAAAGCUAUGGAUUAUAUGGAAUUUUGUAAAGAUAUUAGAUCAUUAAUGUCAAUGCCUUUUGCGCAGGUGCAAAUUAUAUGCGAUGGUCUAGACUUUACUUUAAUGCCGGAAGAUACUUUUGACACAUUCUUUCAAGAAUUCGCCAAAAACGAGGAUAUUCCUUAUCAAAGCCACAUAAUGCUAAUCAAGGCUGCAUUCUUCAAGAAGGUUUGUAACCUGACCGCCAAUCCAUCACGUAAUUUUUUAGCCACUAUAAUGAAAACCGCAAGUGUUAAAAAUAAAUCAAUAAUAUAUGGCUUAUUGUUGCCGUUAAUGAAAAAUACACAAGCAAUAGGACGGCCUCAGCUUGAUAUAAUCACACGUAUAAUAAAGGAAUCUAUAAACGAUGUGAAUAUCUUGAUUUUAAUACAGGAACUAUUCCGCGACACUACAUCGUCAUCACCGCCAGCAGACAACGAAAUAACCGAACAAUCACAAUAUUUCCUCGGGGAUAAUUGGAAAGACUCAACAAUCGAGAUAUUGAUUGUGAUUUUUAACAAGAAAUUUCAGUUACGAGAUCGUAAUCUACUGAUGUCAUUUUUAUCUCAUUUGAAUCAUAACAUAGAACAGCAACCAGAAAAUAAGAAGUUAGCGCAAAUUAUGUUAUUGUUAGUUACAAAGCAUGGUGAUGACAUUUUGAAUGAAUUGGAUUACAUGAAGUCGAUUGCAGAUAAAAUCAACACAUUUAUGAAAAAAUCACUUUUGAGUAAUAUAGAAUCAUUGAAAAGGAAAAAGUAA